UGCCACCAACUUCCCACCGGCAUUCAAACAUUCCCGACCUUUUUCUUGCAGUACAAAUGAAGCAUCUCCACCGGAAUCCUAGCGACCAGUCCGUCCCGCCGCCGCUGCCAUGGAGGAUUGGCUCUUCUACUCGCUAACCACCAUGCUCUGCCUCCUCAGCUCGCUGCUGCUGCGGGCCCGGGCCCGCAGCCCGUCCCAUUCCGCGACGCUGACGCCGCCGCUGCCUCCAGGUCCGGUGCCGCUGCCGGUUCUGGGCCCGCUGCUCCACCUGGCGCGUCGCGACUUCGACCUGGAGCCCGUGCUGCGGCGCCUCGCGCGGGCCUACGGCCCGGUCUACUCCUUCGCGCCAUUGGGGCUGGCGCGGCCGAUGAUAUUCGUCGCGGCGCGAGGCCCGGCCCACCGCGCCCUCGUCCAGCGUGGCGCCGCCUUCGCCUCCCGCCCGCGCGCCACCGCUCCCGCCGCCGCCGUGCUCACCAGCGGCGGCCGUAACGUCAGCUCCGCGCCGUAUGGGCCCACCUGGCGCGUGCUCCGUCGCACCCUCGCCUCCGGCGUGCUCAACCCGGCCCGCCUCCGCGCCUUCGCCCCCGCCCGGCGCUGGGUGCUCGACGUCCUCCUCUCCCGCAUCCGCUCCGGCGGCGGCGUCGUCGCCGUCAUGGAGCCCUUCCAGUACGCCAUGUUCUGCCUCCUGGUGUACAUGUGCUUCGGCGGCGAUCGCCUCGGCGAUGCGCGCGUGAGGGACAUCGAGGCGCUGCAGCGUGACCUCCUCGCCAACUUCCUCAGCUUCCAGGUCUUCUCCUUCCUCCCGCCGCUCACCAAGCUCGUCUUCCGCCGCCGGUGGAGCAAGCUCGUCUCGCUGCGCCGGCGGCAGGAGGAGCUCUUCGUCCCGCUCAUCCGCGCCAGGAGGGAGGCCGGCGCUGGCGGCGACUGCUACGUGGAUUCCCUGGUGAGGCUUGCCAUCCCGGAGGAUGGAGGGAGGGGGCUCACGGACGGCGAGAUCGUCAGCCUCUGCUCCGAGUUCCUGAGCGCCGGGACCGACACCACUGCCACGGCGCUGCAGUGGAUACUCGCGAACCUGGUCAAGAACCCGGCGAUGCAGGACAGGCUAAGGGAGGAGGUCUCCACCGCCGUCGACGGCGAGCUGCGGGAGGAGGACCUGCAGGGGAUGCCGUACCUCAAGGCCGUGGUGCUGGAGGGGCUGAGGCGGCACCCGCCGGGGCACUACGUGCUGCCGCACGCCGCGGCGGAGGAGACGACGCUGGACGGGUACCGCGUCCCGGCGGGCACGCCGGUAAACUUCGCGGUGGGCGACAUCGGGCUGGACGAGGAGAUCUGGACGGCGCCGUCGGAGUUCCGGCCGGAGCGGUUCCUGCCGGGCGGCGAGGGGGAGGACGUGGACCUCACCGGUAGCAAGGAGAUCAAGAUGAUGCCGUUCGGCGCAGGCAGGAGGGUCUGCCCCGCCAUGGCGCUGGCGCUGCUGCACCUCGAGUACUUCGUGGCCAACCUGGUGAGGGAGUUCGAGUGGCGGGAGGAGGCCGGCGAGGAGGUGGACCUCACCGAGAAGCUCGAGUUCACGGUUGUCAUGAGGCGGCCGCUCAAGGCGAGGGCUGUGCCGCUGAGGCAAGGAAGGCCCAUCGCUGCCACGGGCUCAGGUUGAUCGACGGGGGCCAACCAUCUUCUCCUUUCCCGAAUGUUUAGUACAGUAGUAGUACAUCGUAGCUUCUCGCUGCUCAUGAUCAUAUAAAGAUGGUAAUUAGGUUAAGCUUGUCUUCUUGUUUUUCUUAAUUUGCUUUUGUUUGCUAAUGAAAUGUAAUGUGUGUGGUUUUCUAAUCUAAAGACAGAUUAGAAUGAAAUCAAUGAACGUACAGGAGAA